AUGUUUCCAAUUUUUGGUCUGGCUUCGAGGGGAAUGCCUUUAUUCUUCAGAGGGCAAUGGAGUUUACACGUGAGGAUCUACUCUUUUUUUAUUUGGUCUUUAGGUAGUGAACUAAAUCAGUGCAAACUAAGCUGAAUAGUUGCCUCUGCAUUCCAUAUGAUAUUUGAAUCACUCAGAAGGUUUAGUUCGUGUUUCUCGUGUUAUCCUUCAAGUAAAACGUUUUUUAACAUGUAAUUAAGUUUUGUCUUUCAGCUUCCUCUGCAGUAUUCGUCGUUCUUGUCCACUAUGGCGCAGAAUGAAUUCACUCGCUUCUUGGACCAAUCUCCAACUCCCUAUCAUGGUAAAUUUUAAUCCAGCUUUUAUUGUUCUUGGUUUAGCUGUGAACUCCUGUGCAAAAUACCUGCGGAAGAAUGGAUUCCAAGAGCUGUCGUUGGCGAAUGAAUGGAAUUUACAGAAAGGAGGGCGGUAUUAUACCGUGAAGUGAGUAUCAAGUUUUUUGAAGGAUCCAUUUUUUCUUUUAGGUACAAGUGAAAUAAAAAAUUUCAGAGCCCAUUCGACCAUAAUCGCAUUCGUUCUGGGAGGCAAGUACGAGCCGCAGAAUGGAUUUGUUGUCGUUGGAGCUCAUACAGACAGUCCCUGUCUCCGCGUCCGUCCUGUUUCAAAACUUUCAAAGGAGAAGUUCAAACAAGUGGCGGUUUCCACCUACGGAGGAGGCAUCUGGAGGACCUGGUUUGACAGAGGACUUGGGCUAGCCGGACUCGUGACUGUGAAGCGAGCUGAUGGAAAGAUUGAGCAUUGCCAUGUUGAUCUGGGCAGAAAGCCCCUGUUGUUUAUCCCGAAUCUGGCCAUCCAUCUGGAGACUGACCGAUUGACUCCCAAGGUCGAUACCGAAGAACAUUUGCAACCCAUUUUUUGUCUAGAUGAUGGUGAAGAGGGCGCGGAGAAAUGUAGGGUGCUAUUUUUAUUAUUUUUUUUAUUGUUUAGAUGAUCAUCACGUCGAACUUUUGAAUCUGAUCGCACAGGAGUGCGGAUGCAAGGUGGAAGACGUAAUCGACUUCGAUCUUCGCACCUUCCCCACCGAAAAUGCCGAACUCGGUGGGCUGAAAAAUGAGUUCGUCUUCAGUGCUCGACUUGAUAAUCUGCUUGGUGUGUACACCACGAUUCAUGGUCUUGUGGAGGGAUCAAAGAAGGAUGUGGAAUUGGCUGAGGAUACUGUAGCCAGAGUCGCCGUUUGCUUCGACCACGAAGAAGUCGGAUCGGGAUCGGCUGCCGGCGCCAAGUCGGCUGUUUUCGAACAAGUCUUGAGAAGAUUGGUAUUGAAGGGUAUGUCUUUUCAAUUCCUUGUUUCUGUUUUAGGUACCUCUUCUAUUCUCGUCUUUCCAGAUGAACCCACACCGAACGAUUCGUUUGCACGAGCAAUGGCGAAAUCGUUUAUCAUCUCAGCUGAUCAGGCUCACGCCGCCCAUCCCAACUACGCCGACCGCCACGAAAGAAACCACCGUCCCCGAUUCGAUGGCUCAGUUGUUGUAAAGAUCAACGCCGACCAGAGAUAUGCGACAACAACCACUUCUUUUACUGUCUUGAAUGAACUCGCCCGUCUUGCCGAAGUGAAAUUAACUGUAAGAGUUGUAAAAUUGCUGUUUCUGUCAGGUUUUUGACAGUUUUUGAUGGAAUAUUUGCAGAAGUUCGUGGUCAAGAACACAUCUCCUUGUGGAUCGACGAUUGGACCAUUCAUCUCGGCCAAUUUGGGAUGCUUGACCAUCGAUGUGGGCUGCGCUCAGCUGGGAAUGCAUUCGGCCAGGGAAUGCGGAGAUACUCAAUCCGUUGAGAAUGCAAUUAGGCUGUAUUCGGUAAGGGAAAUACAUGAUUUUAUUGUGUUUUGUGUCUUGGAAAGGUUUCUGAAGGUAACUGAAAUUUUUUCAGACCACCUACAACAACUAUGGCAAGCUCAUCGGCAAAAUCGACCUCUAG